UGUACACGUGGUGUCCGACGUAGAAGCUCAGCAAGUACUACAUCCACUUCGUGUGAUCGUGCUCAACUCCAUUGAAUUCCUCUCAAAAUGCCUGGUCCCUGCUGCAUUGAUAGAUGCGAGUGCGCCGAGGGAGGCUGCAAGAAAGGUUGCUUGUGCAAGAGCUGUCGCUGCGAACCCUGUGAAAAAUGCACAACGGGGUGUUCUUGUCCCUCGAAGGAGGACUGCGCCAAGACUUGCCCCAAGCCAUGCAAGUGUUGUCCAUAGGCUAAGCGCCUCAUGACUGCCUGCAUGACGGUCUCUCCCGUGCGGCGGAGUGAGCAGGAGGAGAGGGAGAAGACUGAAGAUUGGGACCAGUCGUGUAAUUUGUUAUAGGUUGUGAGAAGCUGUACCUUCUAUAGGUCUAUAUUGAUUGACAUAAAUUCUGUUAAUGAUCUUAUUUUUUUCUAAUGUAUUGAAUAAACUCCUAUUUUAUUUUUAUUAAAUAAAAAUCAAAUUAGA